CCCCCUGGUGGCGGGACGGGAGCGCGGCCCCGCUCCCGGUGCCGGUGCCGGUCCUGGUUCUGCUCCCGGUCCCGGUGGCCCCGGAGUGCCGUUCGUGCGUAGCCCCGUUCCCGCGGUCCCGUUCCCGGUGUCCCGGUGUCCCCCGCGCUCCGCCCCAGUCCCACCAUGAGCUCCGAGACGUUGGUCAAGGACGUCAAGCCCGGCCUGAAGAACCUGAACCUGAUCUUCAUCGUGCUGGAGACCGGCCGGGUCACCAAGACCAAGGACGGCCACGAGGUCCGGACGUGCAAAGUGGCCGACAAGAGCGGCAGCAUCAACAUCUCGGUGUGGGACGAUGUGGGGAACCUGAUCCAGCCCGGGGACAUCAUCCGGCUCACCAAGGGCUACGCCUCCGUCUUCAAGGGCUGCCUGACGCUCUACACCGGCCGAGGGGGGGACCUGCAGAAGAUUGGGGAGUUCUGCAUGGUUUACUCCGAGGUGCCCAAUUUCAGCGAGCCCAACCCCGAGUACGUGGCACAGCAGGCACAGGGCAAGGGGGCCCCCCCCGACAGCUCGGCCCCGGCAGCUCCGCAGCCCCCCCCGGGCCCCCCCGCUGCCCCCGCAGCCCCCGAGAGCCAGAACGGGAACGGGCUGAGCCCCGGGGGCCCCCCCGCGCACCCCCCGAGCGGCCGCAUCACCCGCAGCCAGCCCGGCCCGGUCAGCAACGGCAAAGAGACCCGGAGGAGCGGCAAGAGAUAACGGGAACGGCACCGGGACGGCACCGGGAUGGCACCGGGACGGCACCGGGACAGCACCGGCACCGCCACAACCGGGGGCUCCCCGGUUCCCCAAGCCCUGAAGGUCCCGGUGCUCCCCCGGUGCUGGUCUGGAUCCUCCCCGGGACCCACCGGGAACCCCCCGGGACCCACCGGGACCUCAUGGAGACCCCCCCGGUACCGCCACAACCGGGGGUUCCCGGUUCCCCAAUCUCAAAGGUCCCGGUGCUGGUCCGGAUCCUCCCCGGGACCUCAUGGAGACCCCGCCGGUACCGCCAUAACCGGGGGAUCCCCGGUUUCCCCAAGCCCGGAGUUCCCGGUGCCCCCCGGUGCUGGUCCGGACCCCACCGGGACCCCCCCCCCCGGCACCGCCACAACCGGGGGAUUCCCAAGCCGGUAACGGGGAGGGGGUGCCCGGUGUCCUCCCGGUGUUCCCCCGGUGCUGGUCCGGAUCCUCCCCGGGACCCCCCUGAGCCCCCCGGGAUCCCACCGGGACCCCUCCGGUACCGCCACAACCGGGGGAUCCCCGGUUUCCCCAGUCCCGAAGGUCCCGGUGUUCUCCCGGUGCUGGUCUGGAUCCUCCCCGGGACCCACCGGGACCUCAUGGAGACCCCCCCGGCACCGCCAUAACCGGGGGAUCCCCGUUUUCCCCAAUCCCAAAGUUCCCGGUGUCCCCCCGGUGUCCCCCCGGUGUUCCCCCGGUGCUCGGGGGUCCCGGUGUUCCCCCGGUGCCCCCCCGUUUUCGGGCCGGGUUAAUAAAGAACCGAGCUCUG